AUGAUCAAUAUUUUUAUCCAUCUUUUUUUACUCCUAGCAAUUAAUUUCAGUUUUGUUUAUGCGGAAGUAUUAUAUAUAUGGUCUCAAGUUGUUCCAGAAGGCAAGUUAAGUAUACGUGCAAUAAUAGAUGAUAAUGUAUGUCCGACAGCCAUCGUUGAUGGCAAAGAAACAAUUAUGUUAAAACGUUGUGAUGAAGAUAAUAUUGAAAAAGUUUGUGAACUGCUAGUGCAAAAAGAUGUUAAAGAGGUCCGCGUUAACAACGUGGAAAUCCCUAUUUUACCAAAAAAAAUAAAUAAAAUCGCUUUUAUUGGUGAUACGGGAUGUAGAAUUAACACGUUGCACCAACAAGAGUGCAAUUCUUUAGAAAAUUGGCCCUUAAAAAAAAACUUAGAUUCAAUCGCACUUCACAAACCAAGCUUAAUCAUUCACGUUGGAGACUAUCACUAUAGAAGAACAAAAUGUAGAGAUACACAAAAGUGUGGUAGCGUGCACGGUUAUAAUGCACAAACUUGGCACGCUGAUUGGUUUGAGCCGACAAAAGAUAUUUCUCAACAAUCUCCCUUUCUAUUUGUCCGUGGAAAUCACGAGGAUUGCAAUAGAGCUCAUAAAGGAUGGUUCAGGUAUUUAGACUCAUAUCCAUUUUUAUCGGAAAAAUGCGAAAAUUUUGUUCCUGGUUGGUUUUUGGAUAUUGGACUAAUGAAAUUUUUUGUGUUUGAUUCUUCAUCCGGCGAAGAUAUUUUUAUAACUAAAAGCGACGUUGAUGCCUUCAGUAAGCAAUUUAAUAAACUAACGCUAAGUGACUCUGACAAACCUGUAUGGUUUCUAACUCACAGGCCAUUAUGGAGAUCUCCAAAAAAAGAAUUCUUAACAUUAAAAAAUCACGGAAAUCUUUCUCAAAUUGAAGCUUUUGGAGAUGAUUUUCCCAAUAAUGUUGCUGCUAUAGUUUCUGGCCAUAUUCAUAUAGCACAAAUUUUAUUAAUGGAUAACGUCCCAGAUCAAAUUAUAGUUGGAAAUGGAGGUGCAUUACUGCAUGCUCAGGACCAAGAGAAUAUUUACCAUAAUAUAGAAUUUAGUUAUUCAAAUGGUAAGAAUUAUUUAGCACGUAAAAUCAAAAACUUUUUUGGCUUCGGUUUUGCGAUACUUGACUUAAAUGAUCAUAAACUUAUUUUCUAUAACCAAGAUAAUGAUGAAAUAUAUUCUGCUGAGUUAACCAAAGAUUUUAAAAUCCUAGCUGAGUCUGACCAUCAUUCUAGAUGA